AUGGCUUAUCGUAAUGUUCGACGUAUUCGUCGACAACAAAUGAGUAAUACUCGACGACGACUUGAUAAGCAGUUGACGGCUAUGAUUCUUGCUAGAAUGAUACUUUUUGUUGUUUGUCUUUUACCUUAUACUGCAUUAUGUUUUUACGUUUUCAAUAUGCAGAGUCAUAAAAAUGAAACACUUCAAAGUGCAAUUGAGAAUCUUAUCUUAGCUAUUAACAGCUCCAUUAGCUAUCUCAAUAUUUCGGGUACAUUCUAUGUUUAUCUGAUAUCAUCAGCGCGAUUUCGUCGUCAAACAAAAUGUGUUUUGAUUAAAAAGUGCUGGAAAUAUAUUCGAGAGAUGUCAAAGAACUGUCGACAACCAACCAUGAAUAAUCCAGUAGCACCAAUGACAAAUAGCGACGUCGACUAUUAA